UGACGUAUGAGCGGCGCUUGUGACUUGCGAAAUGGAGAUAGGAGGCGGUGAAGAAAACAAGCGUCUGUGUUUGGAGAUUUGGGACUUUAAUUCAGCAGAAACCUCGACAAGAAGCACUCCGAGGACAGCAGCCGGACUUAUACUAUAGGAGGAGUGAAGCUACAACUAAUGAAAGUAAGAAAUGAAGGAGGAGGAAGAGCUCGGAGCUCAUCGCUGGUGUCUCCUGGAGUCAGUCUGAUUGUUGAGAGUUUAGUCUGAACCGAUCAGGCCACAACAUUAAAACAGCUGUUAGCUCCUCUUUAAUGAUACCUGAGAAUUACUAAGGUGUUUUUACUCUACUGUGUGGGCUGAUCCCCUUUAGUUUAGUGUCUCUCAUUCAGAGACUGUCUGCGCUAGAGGGGGCAACACCCACCAGAGCCAGGAUAUAUCUGUUUGGGUCGAGAUAAAACUGAAAAUCAUUUCUAAAUUAGUUAUUUAUGGAGACAAGAAACAAUUCUAGUUUGUCAAAAGUGUCAACUUUAUGCCUGCCGUUAAUUUCUAUUACAUUCUAUUAUUCAAUUAAGUGCCAAUAAUGGAGUAUACCGUGCCCGAAAGAUAACAGAUCUAACUUAUGAGCACAACAUGGUAACUCUGCGUAUUAGGGAUCGGAGAAAAAAUCGGUUCACAUAGGUAUCGGGAUUUUUUGUUUUACAAUUUUAAUUCGAUUUUUAUGUUCAAAAAUCGAUUUUUCCCCCCUUCAAUCUAAGAAUAGAUUUUAAAAACCGACUAACAUUUGAUGUGUAUUUUGGGGGGAACUAUGGUCCCUAGAAUAUCGACAAUAUUGUAGAAAUAUGGUAGACGGUAUCGUACCGAAAAAUGGUAGAAGAAUCGAAUCGGGAGAAAAUCGGGAGAAAAGCAUAUUGUCCCAGCCCUACUGGCUAUCAAGAUGAAAAUUUCUUUACAUGUUUUCAUCCUAAAAGAGUAAGUUAAUUAUCUGUUGGGCACAUGUCAAGCAGAGAAGAUCAUAUUGGUUGAUCGAUUUUUAGUCAAGUUAAUUAAGAUUGUGGAUAUAAUAGUGAGCCAUGAUUCCUAAAAAAGGCCAAAGACACACCUUAAAGCUCCUGUGAGGACUUUUUAACCUGUAAUGAAUCAGACAAAAAUUGAUGGUGACGCCUUUUUAUGACCUACAAGUGAGAGGACAAGCAACAGGAGUGUUUAUUUAAUGAAUGUUUUGAAGCUUGUAAGGGCUAACGCGACUUUAUACUCAACAUGUGUUCAAAAAGAGCGAUAAACAUCCCUGAUUAAAAAGUCCCAGAAGCCAGGAUGAGACUCUUUUAGUUAAAGAUGCAACCAACAUGUACAGGGUAAGAUCAGCAAAGAUAUAAAAUGAACUUACAGGAGCUUUAAUUCUUCGUAUUUGUUCUGUUAAUCAUUUAUUUUAUUUUGAGAAGAACAUACUCCUCUGUAGCCUCACACAGACCCAAAGAAAUCCGGUGUAUCAGACCCAAAGAUGUUUGAAAGUCUCUCUUCUUUUAACUGUUCUUCUGUUUUAAUUCUCCCCUCUCUCGCCCGGUAAAGAGAAAUGACAAAGAGAGUGACUCAGUUUAUUUCGCUGACCAGCUUCUCUAUUGUAGGAUGAGUCAUCAUAAGAGACGAACUCUCUCUGAGCUUCUUAUUGUCUUUUUAUUAAAUUCCCCCUCAUUCGUUUCUCCUGUCGUUACAGUGCAUUACCCGACAGGAUGAUGAGGAAUCAAGAAGAAGAUGUGAGUAACCUUCAUUUACCUCUCCUCUAAAAGCCUCCUGUCUGUGUCUGAUCUGUUUUUGAUCGGGAAACAUCCUCUUUUUGUUUCAACUUCCACCUCAUAACCAAAGAACAGAGCUUCUAAUUAUGUGAUCAAGAGUGUUUGAGGAACUUAAUCUGCGUAUAAGGAUGGUAGUUUCUGCCAGUAAUCUGCUGUGUAUCUUAAUCUGUUUCACAAUGACUCCGGGAAACAGAGUCGUGAGAAAUAAAACAGCAGCUUUUAAAUUGAAUGAAACUCUGAAUUUGUCUCUGUCCUUCAGGAGUUUGUGGCAGUGCGGGUUCAAGAUCCCCGCAUUCAGAAUGAAGGCUCCUGGAAUUCAUACGUGGAUUAUAAAAUAUUCCUACAUGUGAGUACUGAAACCUAAAUCACUUACUUUUCUGUUAUGGCACAGUGUGGAGUAACAGGUGAUGAUGUUGUCGAUGAUGAAAUAACCAACACCAACAAAUAUCACCAAACGAGACCAUUUGCUGCAUGUCGUCUCCAACUCUCUACUCCUCACGUGUCGAGCUGUCCUGUCUGAUAAAAGGCAGAAAAACACACAAAAACAGCUCAAAAAUAUGGGUCAGUUAUCGUCAGUAUAUAGCCAGUAUAAGGGAUAGGACAGAAUAUUGACGUGUUGAUUUAGGAUGUAUAAUUAUCAGAUUUGUGAUGCCAAACAUGAAAGUUUGAUUCAAAAGGGCUUCGGAUGCAGAAUAGUAGAUUUUUGCUGAUUUUAUCAAUACUGAUACUGAAACUGAUCGAAUGAUAUCUCAGCUGAAAGUCUGGUGAUUGAGAGCGGUGAUUCAAAAUUGUUCUUGGUUAGCUUUUCCCCCCUGUUGUAUUUCUUAGCUUUGCUGAAUGACUGAAAUAGAAGCUGCUGACACUUGUCUUACUUUUCAGUCUUUAGGCGCCGGUCAGGAUAGCUGUUAUUUAGAUUGAUUAUUUUCUGUUCAAAAUACUUCCGUCAGCUUAUUUUUGGCAUGCAUAACCCUGUCAGUGCCGAGCAUUAUUGAUAGAUGAGCUUAAAAGAACUUUUUAAGCUUACUUAACUGUACAUCCCUGGAAAUACUGUCCUUGAUUUGCAAACCAUCAAAUUCUGGGAGAGUGUCUGUGUUACUAUAGCGUAAAAUUACUUGUAGUUCCUAUCCUUAAUAAUAUCAUUAUUUGUCUCUUGUUUUCUGCUCACCUAAAGUAGAUUCUUUUAAAAAAUCUGAGUCAUACUCGACUAUAUUUUUAGUAUUUAGAGGGUCAAACAGUCUAAAAAUGAUUUUCAAGUGUCGACAGUUUCAGCUCAGACCAGCAGAAAUCUCUAAAGGUCGUCGAGGUGUUCGGCACGUACUCCUUACGUCGUGUUUAGACAGGAUGUGAUGUUGUCCAGGCGGCGGUCUGUGUCGGGGAAUGCUGUCUCAGCAGCGUGGCUCCUGCCUGGUGAUGUGUUGUGUGAAUGUUGACUCAUGAAAUUGACUUGAGGUCAUGUGAUCUCACGUGGUCACACAUCCCUUUCUUUGUCGUUGGCACGCUUACGCAAGGUUUGAAAGUGGGAAAUCCAGAGAGUUCAAACAAGCAGAUGUUUCCCCUCGUUAAACACAGACAAAGUGCAGAAACUACAAACUAGAACAAUGUUUGACAGCCGUGUCAACUGCUGAACGAAAUGUUUCACCUGACUCGGGACAUUAAUUGUAGAUUAAAUCCCCUGAAAUAGACACCUGAACGUGCCUCAGCAUAUAUUCAUAAUAAAACCCUAAACAAAGAAAUGUACUCAUGGUUUCAUUAUGACGUUACCUUUGUGCACAUGAAAAACAAAGAUCAACACAUGUGUAAAGGGGAAUCACCUAAAACUGACCUUUAAAGCCUUUAAUGAGUGUUUUCGACUGAGUCUGACUGAGUCACAUAUGUGGCCUUUUGUGGGUUUUUACUCGUCAUGUUGUGGUUGUGUGUGGCUGUUACCCUCUGAUGGAAUUCGUUCCUCUGCUUGACUUCUCUGGGAACUCACCAACGCCGCCUGUAAUCGAUUCAAGCCUGUAAGAGGAAGGCUUGUUAAACAGACAUCCGUGUCACACGUCGCCGUGACAAAUCUGACAUGUGAUAGUGCUUUAGUUUCGCCGUGAGCUCAUUAACAGUUACACAGCUGGAGCGUGAGUCAAACUCGUAACAACACCGGUCUCUUAAACAGACUUUAUUUCUUAUAAAAAGGUGUAAAAAGUCUUAAAAUUCAGAGAAUGAGUCUGGAUUUGUUUCUACAGCGUGUAAGAAGAAGUCUUAAAAAUUAGAUCAAAAAUAUUUUAUUUAUUUUUUGUCUUCAGGGUGAAACAAAAAAGAAAUCUAUGUUCAAAAAUGUGCAAACAGCCAUGACUCUGUAGUGGAAAUCACCACGUGUGCUUGCAAACCAUGCAGUAGAUGAUCUCUGAGACCACUGGCUGCCUCUCUGGGCCAGAUUUGACAUUCUUUUUGGAAAUCAUGGUAAUCACAGUUUCCACAAACGCAGGAUCAAACUGUACUAAAGAAAAACGAGGGGGACUUGAUCCAGAAACACGGGGAACUUCUCAGUACCUGAGGUCAAAUGGAAAACUGCUCUGACCAAUCAGAGUUUGACGUUUUCUUUGGAAAUCAUGGAUGUGACACUGUGGCUCAUCAGUGUUUCAUACUUUUGAGAUAACAGUGAAGCUCAUGGCAGAGUAGAAGAACGUACUUAAAACUGUUUAAAAGGAUUUAAUCUCUUUUGGUUUUGGUCCUUUUAUCAAGACAAAAGAACAUUAAAAAUACCUUUACAUAAAAAUAAAUAUUGUGACUUAAACACACUUUUUCCGUUUCACCUCCAGACCAACAGUAAAGCCUUCACAGCCAAGACGUCGUGCGUGCGGCGGCGCUACAGCGAGUUUGCUUGGCUCAGGAAGAAACUCCAGAAGAACGCCGGUUUGGUGUAAGUUCUCCUAAAGUGAAAAGUUUUACCGUAACUCUGUACUUUCCCUCUUUCCUCAGCUGUUUACUAUAAAAACAUAUGAGAGGAAACUACUGUACGCUCUGCAUUUAGCUUUAAAUCCACAUGUUUCCCUAAGGAGAGGGCCGAACCUGAGGCAGGAAUAGAUGCGCAUUCAUUAAGUAGCUGUUAACAUGACUGAACCUCUAACUGUUGGGUGUAUAAAUAGGGAACUGUUUGCUAAUGGCUUUCCUGUAUCAAGUGUAUUAAUCAGUGUUAGCAGAUUAUUCCCCAGAGCCGCCAAAAAGUAAUUAUAAAGCUCAAAAGCUGAUUUGUUUAGUUCAGUAAAAUCAACGUAUUAUACCUGAGACUCUCCACACACAGUUCACUCCUCUGUAUUUGGCACGUCUGUAUCUUUUAUUGAAGCAUAUAUUUACUCGUUUGUCUUUAUCUUUGUAGGCCCGUCCCAGAACUUCCAGGAAAGUCUUUCUUCUCCUUCAGUAACGAGGACUUCCUGGAAGGGAGACGGAAAGGACUCCAGGUUUUCUUGGACAAGUCAGUUUCUUUUUUCAGUCUCUGAAAUGCUGAAAACCCUGAUGGUAAAUAUACAUCUGUCAUUUUUUAUGCUUUUGUCCUGGCUCAGGGUGGUGCACAUGACGGUAUGUCUGUCGGACAGCCAGCUCCACCUCUUCCUGCAGACCCAGCUCCCCGUCGGUCACAUCCAGGACUGCGUGCAGGGACACACCCCGUACUCUGUGACGGACGCCAUCCUCACCUACGCUUCGUCCAACCGGGGUUUAGCUCAGGCUCAGGAGGACGACUCCAUCAAGGAGCCGAGUUUGACCGUUUCCUACGAGUCCAUGGAGAGGUGAGCAGACGUAGUGAUGUGGAAGCGACCUUUUCCCCGGAUUAUCUCUGUUUGAAUUUAGGCUGACUCUAAAGUUAGUCAUUUAGCGUCUGGCAGGCUGCCAGCCAAGGCAGGAGAAGAUCCAAAGUUUGCUGUAGAGCUGGAUAUUGACUCUGAAACUCUGAGGCUCAGCUGAACUCCCAACCCUGUCUCAGUAUAGAUCUAUAAGAUUCAGUAAAUUCAUUCACUUCAUUUACUGAACUGAAGAAAGAAGAUCCAAAUGAGUUUCAAUGUAAAUGUGAUUAGCCUAAGCCUAGCUCAGUUUAGCUUAGCUUGGCCUAAAGAAUGUAAACAAAGAGGAAACAACAAGCUUGUCCGACACAUGACCCUGCAAACCCACCACCUGUUGUCUUCCUUAUUUGUACAGACUGAACAAACAAGAUACGACCUGUUAAAUAUUUCCUCAGAGGUGGAUAAAACCUGAUUCCUUCUUUUUAUACACCAACCACUUCCUCUCUGCUGCUCUACACGUUUUUUCUGAAACGAUCUUCUACAGUGUGGUCGCUCAAACCAAGAAAACCAUACAAACGAAUAAACGAGUGAUUUUUCUCUCUUUUCUUCGUUUCAGCCCGGCGCCUCAUCAGCCUCUCACUCAAACUAAAGACACCUUCAGCCCUGAGCUCCUCUCCUGCAGCGAGCCCAACCCUCUCGAAGGAUUACUGGAGGACAGAGUCGAGCUACGGCCCAAAAACAAGCCCUCCAUAACGGUGCUCCAGAAGGACAACCAUCUGGAGGCUUUGGUUGAGGACUGCGGUCCGGGAGAGGCGAGCUUUUUUGUGGGAGACAGCCCGCAUGAGCGCCUCAGCCUGUCAGAGUCGAGAAGCUGUCUGAUUCAGACACCGGUGGAGGUGCACUCGACCAUGGGGACUGGCUUUGAGGAGGAGAGCGUUGAGACUUUACAUACAGAAGAAAACACCGUCACGGAGGAGAAGGAGGAUCAGUCUGAGGGAGACACAGAGGAGGUCAGCUUAGUGAAUCCUGAAGGAGUUUUAGGUCUGAAGGACGAAGACGUGGAGGUUGUUUUAGAAAAUCAUGUGACCCCUGAGGACAAUCUGGAGCUUUCUGGUGGGACUGAGGGUCCAGUUACUAAUGUUAGCUGUCCAGAGGUGUUGGAGCGCUCUGACAAGGAAAAAAGUGGACAAACAGAGAUCCAAGAGGAGACACCACUCGAGCCGGAAACCCACGAAGACGCUCCCGGUGAGCAGACAGAACAAGACUUCCAUAAAUGUGACAAAUCAGAGAGCGAGGAGGAGACGCCACAGGGGGGAGAGAUCCAGGAAGGAACUCCUGACGAGUGUCAACAAACGGACCAAGAGCAAGACGAACAACGAGGGGAUCUGAUCGGGACCAGGGACGAGAGCGACGAGGAGAGCCGCUCGCUGCCAUCCUCCAACGGCAGCAUCAUCAAAGUCAGCGAUGAAGAAAGUGUCUGCGAUGAAGCCGAGGAGGCGAACGGCUACAUGAAGACGUUACCUGAGAACUGGUCUGAAGUGGAGCCUUCGAGCGGACGCAUUCUGGAUCUCCACAUUAACGGGUGUCCUGUGGAGAAAGAGGACAUCACCGCCACAGACGUUAGUGACUUUAGUAAAUCAGUGGAUCUUCACUCAGCGGUGACUGGAGGAGAUCUGACUGAAAACAGUGACUUCAGUGUGAUAGAGACCAGCUGCUCUCCUGUGUUAGCGGAGAGUAAAUGUGCCGAGGAGGAGGAGGAGGAGGAGGAGGAGGAGGCGGCUCUGGAUGUGUCAGAGGAGGCUCAGGAGGUGGAGGUGCAUCAGUUAGACAUGGCAGAAACUACAGAAACUACAUCCUAAUAUUAAACAUCCACUCGACUCUACAGAAGAUUAGAAAACUUCACGUUACUCCCACACUGUGCUAACAAACACGUUACAGGUCUGACUUUUUAUUUCUCUAUUUUAUUUUUUUACACUCAGGAACACUAAAAGGAAAUUUGGUGCAGUUUCCUCCUGCUGCGCACAACUGUGUCGGCUUUUAUUGAACAGCAGAGGGCGCUCAAGUACACACAAGGAGUCCUGCAUCGGAGGUUCAUUUAUGCAUUUUAGAGAGCUAAAGGUGUGCAAAGGGUCAAAUGUUUGUUUUCAUAAAUGAAAUAUGAAAAUAUCAAAACACUGGAGGGACUGUGACAGAAACACACACUUGAAUUCACUCUCAGCGGGACUUAAAGAAGAAGUUUGAGAUUUGAUCCGAUCAUUCUCUCUAGAGGUUCAGGUUACUCUCACAAAACCUCUGACUCCCAAACGUUUGGUUUAAGUUAAUUAUUUUUAAUUGAGGAUUGUGCAAAGACAACAAAUCAAAUAUGAAAACUGACUUAUUUGAGUGUUUUAUCAAAAUAUCUAUACUUAUUUAAAAAUUGAUGCCAGAAUCAUGAUAAAAAUGCAGAGACGGAGGCGUGUGAACUAUUGUUUCUGAAUAUUUUCAGUGGAACUGCAGGGAGGUCAGUUUAGCACCUGGACUCUUCUACUUCAGAGCCACGUUGUUGUUGUUGUUUAACCUGUAAAAUGUGGUUUGCUGAAAUGGCGUUACAUAAAACCUGUCAGGCGGUCACACUCUAGUUUGUCUAAUUCGACCACAGGACUUUUCCACGUCGCUUCAGUACAUCUGAAAUGUGUUCGUGCUCAGAGACGUUUCUGGCAUUUCUUGCACAGUGCAGUUUUAACCUUCAUUUGUGGUUCAAUGAAGUUAUUGAAGCCUAUGCAGUGAUUCCCACUAUAGAGUCACGUCUGUUUUAAUGCAGUUAAUUAAUGCAUUAAUUAAGAUUUCUCUGAACUGUUCCUCCAGGUGUUUUCUUUUUAGCAUUUCAUGACUCUUCAGUGUUCGCUUGUCCCCACCUCAACAUUUUUUCUUGUAACAUAUAAAUCAAAAUGAGCAAAAACAGAAUUAUUCACUUUAUUUCAACAUUGAUUUGUUGUCUUUGCACCAUUUUCAGUAAAAUCUCAGUUUUAAAUUUAAAAUUAUUAAAGCAGAUAAAUAUUGGUGGAUUUAAUUGACAGAAUAAAACAAAAUAAUAAAAGAUGUUCGUCCAAAUCUUCACAUUCAUGAUCUUAAAAAACUGUACACAGGUGUCAUUGUUUUUCUGCUCUUGUUUUCCUAAUUGUAAAAUCUACAAAAUUCACUGUUAACCUCUGACUCACUAAAUCCUGAUGGUCACAUUUUAAAGCUGGUAAAAGUCUCUGAAUUAAAAUAUUCAUACAGAUGACAAAGAUUUCCUGAAGGUGGUUAGCAGCACUGCUAUAUCGAUAUUAAGUUCGUUAUUAAAAGUGAAUUAAACAAGAAAAAAAGGACAAACCUGGAAUAAGAAUUUAGGGUCAAAAUGACAUGUUUGUGUUUUUAAAGCAGAAGCAACAAAGAAAUGAAGCUGUCGUUCACUUGAAAUACUCAUUAAGUCACUUUGGAGCAUUUUAAGUGUUGUUUUUAUUUCUGUUACAUGUUCGGCUCUUUUUUUAGUGAACAAAACUACCUGGAAACAGAUUUUCAUGGUUUACAAACACAAGCUGAAUCACUGUGGAGUCAGACUGAUAAAACAACGAUGAUGGUUUUUAUUUAUCUCAUGUUUGGUGUUGCAUUUCUUCCUCACUCUGAUGCUCCUCUUUUCAUCCACAGAUUUUUAAAGCACACUUUAGGUCUGCCAUUUUGUUUUCACAUCAAACUGCAGCAGCCGCUUUGAGUUUCAGUCAUUUCAGGCUUUUUAAAAAGGGACCCAGAGUUUAGCGAGCGUCUGCAGACAGAGUUUCGUCAGUCGUCCUGCGUCACCUCCGUGUCGUGGGAUGUAGAUGUUUGAUUGUCGAGUUUUAGAGGUUUGAGUUCGUACUCGGCUGUAAAUGAGUCGUUUUGUUUGUUUGUUUUAUUUUCAGAUGUGAGGCCUCGUCUCUAUUUUAUAACACAGAUUUACAAGGGCAAAAAUAACAACCUGAGUGACUGUGUCCAUGUAAAUACACAGACUGUAAAGUAAUUUUUAUUUCAAAAUAAAAGCUUUUUCUCGUUACACACCUGACUGCUUAUUUCUAUGGAGCUGUUAUACCAAUAGUAGUAGUAGUAGUUUUUUAUUCGGUCAUUACAACACCAAUUAUUGUUCACAAUAUUGACAUUUCACACAAAAUCAAGAAUGAUGUGUUGAAUAUUGACUGAAAAGGCAGAAGCAGACUGCUGAUAAAAGUCUAUCCUGUGUUGUCAACUUUUUAGUCUACUUACCUCCAGAAAAGCAA